GGGCUCAUGUCGUUCCGCCUCACCCACAAGAAGCGCCGGACAGACGAAGAGUUUCGAGGGGAGGACCCAUCUCCCUCGACGGGGAAGACCUGCCUGCCCAAGGCGCUGCUCAACCUGAGCGGGGGCAGGAACGACACCAUCCCCCUCCUCCUCGACAUCGCCGAGAAGACGGGCAACAUGCGGGAGUUCAUCAACUCACCCUUCAGGGACGUCUACUACCGAGGUCAGACAGCCCUGCACAUCGCCAUCGAGCGCCGCUGCAAGCACUACGUGGAGCUGCUGGUGGAGAAAGGAGCCGACGUCCAUGCCCAAGCCCGCGGCCGCUUCUUCCAGCCCAAAGAUGAGGGUGGCUACUUCUAUUUCGGCGAGCUGCCCCUGUCGCUGGCCGCCUGCACCAACCAGCCCCACAUUGUGCACUACCUGACGGAGAACGGGCACAAGCAGGCGGACCUGCGGCGCCAGGACUCCCGCGGCAACACCGUGCUGCACGCCCUGGUCGCCAUCGCCGACAACACCCGCGAGAACACCAAGUUCGUCACCAAGAUGUACGACCUGCUCCUCGUCAAGUGCGCCAAGCUCUUCCCCGACACCAACCUGGAGAUCUUCCAGCACAUCAUCCGGAGGGAGAUCGUGGACGAGGACGCCCGGCACCUCUCACGGAAGUUUAAGGAUUGGGCGUACGGCCCCGUCUACUCCUCCCUCUACGACCUCUCCUCUCUGGACACCUGCGGGGAGGAGGUGUCUGUGCUGGAGAUCCUCGUCUACAACAGCAAGAUUGAGAACCGCCACGAGAUGCUGGCCGUGGAGCCCAUCAACGAGCUGCUGCGCGACAAGUGGCGCAAGUUCGGGGCCGUCUCCUUCUACAUCAGCGUCAUCUCCUACCUCUGCGCCAUGGUCAUCUUCACCCUCGUCGCCUACUACCGCCCCAUGGAAGGCCCCCCCCCCUACCCGUACACCACCACCGUCGACUACCUGCGCCUGGCCGGGGAGAUCAUCACCCUCCUCACCGGCGUCGUCUUCUUCUUCACAAACAUCAAAGAUCUGUUCAUGAAGAAGUGUCCAGGCGUGAACUCCUUCUUCAUCGACGGCUCCUUCCAGCUGCUUUACUUCAUCUACUCAGUGCUGGUGAUCGUGACGGCGGGGCUGUACCUGGGCGGCGUCGAGGCGUACCUGGCCGUCAUGGUCUUUGCGCUGGUCCUGGGCUGGAUGAACGCCCUCUACUUCACCCGUGGGCUCAAGCUGACGGGGACCUACAGCAUCAUGAUCCAGAAGAUCCUCUUCAAAGACCUUUUCCGCUUCCUCUUGGUCUACCUGCUCUUCAUGAUCGGCUAUGCCUCAGCUCUGGUGUCCCUCCUCAACCCGUGUCCCAGCAGCGAGUCCUGUGGGGAGGAGCCGUCCAACUGCACGGUGCCCACCUACCCCUCCUGCCGGGACAGCCAAACCUUCAGCACCUUCCUGCUCGACCUCUUCAAGCUCACCAUCGGCAUGGGCGACCUGGAGAUGCUGGAGAGCGCCAAGUACCCUGGCGUCUUCAUCAUCCUCCUCGUCACCUACAUCAUCCUCACCUUCGUGCUCCUCCUCAACAUGCUCAUCGCCCUCAUGGGUGAGACGGUGGGCCAAGUCUCCAAGGAGAGCAAGCACAUCUGGAAACUGCAGUGGGCCACCACCAUCCUGGACAUCGAGCGCUCCUUCCCGGUGUUCCUGCGGAAAGCUUUUCGCUCGGGGGAGAUGGUGACAGUGGGGAAGGGCACUGAUGGGACCCCUGAUCGCCGCUGGUGCUUCAGAGUGGACGAGGUGAACUGGUCCCACUGGAACCAGAACCUGGGCAUCAUCAGCGAGGACCCGGGCAAGAGUGACACGUACCAGUACUAUGGCUUCUCCCACACCGUGGGCCGGCUGCGGAGAGAUCGCUGGUCCACGGUGGUGCCACGCGUGGUGGAGCUCAACAAGAGCGGGCAGCCAGAGGAGGUGGUGGUGCCGCUGGGGACCGUGGGGACAGGGGAGGCACGGGAGCGACGGCAUGGCCAGGGCUCCAGCUCCCUGCUCUAG